AACUUGCCGGGCGGAGGGAGCCAUGUUGUCUGUCAGCUUUGUCUGCGGCGGGCGGCGCUUGGCGGCCCCGGCUCGCGCGGCGCUGGCGGGGGUCGUGCGGCCUCGGCGGCCCCAGGGCCCCGCGGCCCGGCGGGAAGCACGCGCGGCCGGCGAGGAGCGGAGCCAUCUUACCCGGCGGCACGACGCCUGCUCCGGACCGCCAGGGGCGAGCGGGCCCGCGCCUUCCUGCCCGAGCCCCGGCGAGGCUGUCCUCGCGCCGCUCUUCGGCUCCUUCCACCAACCAGCGCGGAAGGCGGGCGCUGGGCUCGCCCCUCGGCGCCUGGCUCCCGGGGACCGCCGUGCUCUCCGCGGGCGCCCGGGAUGCUGUGCGCCGCCUCCGGAGCGGCGCGGACGCCUCUCCCGGGGGACGGAGACCUCUCGGAGAGAAACGGUGAGGGGCUAGGAAGUUCCAUCCCACCCGAGAGCAAAAGCCCCUGCUUAACCAGUUCCAGGCACUUCAUCUCUGGCUUCUAGAAAGUCUGAAAGACUUUCUCCAGAACGUGUGAAGAAGAUGCAAUUAAAAUAACUCCACGUCCAAGCAGAUAGAGAAAAUACAAACGUUGGCUGGGAAGGCAAAGUCCUUUCUGAAGUACGUUUUACGGUUUUAAAAAAAAUGUGAAAUAGUGAGGUAAUGCAGAAUUUAGAAAGCUCAAAUGUGGCUUUUUAUCGCUUUUCUUAGAUUUCAUUAAAAUUAAUGCUUCGUUUUCAGCAUUUGAAACAAAAAGUUCAACUUCAUUGGUGUUAAAUUGGUGUUAACUAGGAGGACAUCUUGGGACUUGGAAGGAAGUAUUUCUACAAAAUGCCUUUAGGAGUAUUAUCCUAAUCAUGAUGAAGAGAAUUUCUCUUUUCAUUUAAAAGUUUAUAAUCUCGACAAUGUACUUUAUGAAGGAUGUUAAGUUUAAUUAUAAAAAUCGUUGCAAUAAACCUUUAAA